UCUAUUUUUAAAAACAGUUGACAGUCGCCUCCGAAUCAUCACGCAAAUUCGCCAGAACGAUUUUUUUACCCAUUUGCUAAAGUGAUAAGAGACCGAUAAAAAUGACCAUCGAGCUGGACCAGUGGAUUGAGAUUACCAAGCAGUGUAAAUAUUUGCCGGAGAAUGACCUGAAGAAGCUGUGCGACUUGGUUUGUGAUUUGCUGAUUGAGGAAUCGAACAUCCAACCCGUAUCAACCCCGGUCACCGUGUGCGGCGAUAUCCACGGCCAGUUUUACGAUUUGGAGGAGCUGUUCCGCACGGGUGGCCAUGUACCCGAUACCAACUACAUCUUCAUGGGUGAUUUUGUGGAUCGAGGUUACUACAGUUUGGAGACGUUUACGCGCUUGCUGACGCUAAAGGCCCGCUAUCCGGACAAGAUUACGCUGCUGAGGGGCAACCACGAGUCUCGGCAGAUCACCAAAGUGUACGGGUUCUACGACGAGUGCUACACCAAGUAUGGAAACGUUAACCCGUGGAAGUAUUGCUGCCGUGUGUUUGACCUGCUGACCAUCGCUGCCUUGAUCGACGAGGAGAUUCUCUGUGUCCACGGUGGACUCAGUCCGGAGAUCAAAACGCUGGACCAAAUCCGUUCAAUCAACCGUGACCAGGAGAUUCCGCACAAGGGCGCGUUCUGUGAUUUGGUUUGGUCCGAUCCGGAGGACAUUGAAACGUGGGCGGAAAGUCCCCGGGGAGCGGGUUGGCUGUUCGGGGUGUCCGUUACGAACGACUUCAUGGAGAUCAACAAGCUGGAGCUAAUUUGCCGCGCACACCAGCUCGUUCACGAGGGCAUCAACUAUCUGUUUGACCGCAAGUUGGUCACCGUUUGGUCCGCCCCGAACUAUUGCUACCGCUGUGGCAACGUGGCGGCGAUACUAAAGUUCAACACAGCGGACGAUUCCAACGUGGAGAUAUUCAAGGCGGUCCCGGAUAACGAGCGGGUCAUGCCGAGUCAGCGAGUCACGCCGUAUUUUUUGUAAAGAUAGCUUUUCGCGGACAAUGUCUAUUAUUAUGAAAAUAUAUUUGUGUAUCCGAUCAAGCAAAUAAAGUUUUGCCUUCUUGUGAUUAUUUAA